AUGGGCCCUGCACCGCAAGCCCCGUCUGUGAGAAACCACGCACCUCUCGGCCGACAUGAGGGCAUGAGAGAUGCCCCGCUCCGCCGACAGGGCCAGCUCCAAAGCAGCCUGCAGAUCACCCUCAGCCACUGUGCAGGAGAGGGAGCAACUGACUCGAGGGAGGGUGGGGUGGCCUGGGAGGGCAGCAUGGUUCAUGUGGCCCCCAAACGACUCACAUGUGCACUCAGCGUCCUUUAG